AUGCUUGCUUACAAAAUCAUUCCAAGGUUGGCUGAUCAAGUUUUAGCCGUCGGAUUUACUGAGAAGGAAAGGGCUCUCCUUGCAAAAUUAUUUAUUACGGACCCAGAAGAGGACCUGAACACGUUGAAGAGGAUAAAAGGAAACCGCGCGCCAGGAACCUGUAGCUGGUUCUUGGAAUCCAAUGAACUCCAAAUUUGGUUUCGACGAGCAAAAGCUGUGAGCGACCUGGAAAGAAAUGUCUUAUGGCUCUAUGGCAAUCCUGGAAGCGGCAAAUCCACAAUGGCCAUGACGCUUGCAGAGGAACUACCCGCGAAAGACUCUUUUUCUAAAGAAGACAGUAUAUGCUCCUUCUUUUUCUGUGAUGGUAGCUCUGAAAAUCAGAGGAAAGCGACAUGUAUACUUCGAGGUCUCCUGUAUCAAAUAAUAAAACAAUACCCGCCGUUUGUCGACCCGUUGAUGUUCAAGUAUGAAAUGCAAGGGGAGCGGCUAUUUACGUCAUUUGAUGCAUUAUGGGCCGUCCUUUUGGAUAUAGACCGGGCGUCUAAGGGUGCCGAGAUAUACUGCAUCAUCGACGCUCUCGACGAAUGUGAGAACGAAUCGCAAAACUACCUACUUCAGCAGAUUAAUCAAUCCUUCAGAGAAGCAAGGAGAACCAAUCUGGUCCCGUCCAGUCUGCACUUUUUGAUACUCAGCCGUCCAUACCCAGAGAUAAAGGGUCGUCUAUCCAUUUUCAAAUGCGUAGACUUGGGCUCAUACAUGGAGUCAUCCAAUGACCUGAUAACCAUGAUCCGAUAUAAAGUACAGGAGCUUGCAGAGAGAAAGAAAUACUCCGAGUCUGUUGCCCAGAAAGUGGCCCAAACACUGAAUGAAAAAGCCGAAGGAACAUUCCUAUGGAUUGGAAUUGCCUGUGAGGCAUUGAGCCAGGUCCAGUCCCGAAAAGCAAUUGAGACAUUAGAGACCUUUCCGCAGGGAUUAAAUGCCCUUUAUCAAUCUCUGUUUGAUGCAGCCGUCGAAUCCAGCGAUGCUGACGAUUAUCUACAUAUGGUGAUGAUCUUUAAGGUUGUUACUUUUGCGCUGCGGCCACUGACGAUUGUGGAAAUAGCUGAAGCAUGUCAGUUAUACUUGGACAAAGACAUCGGUACCCGCGUGCAGUUUACCCACGAUAUUAUUGACAUGUGCCGCUUAUUGAUAGUUGUCGACAAUGGCUACCUGCGGCUUCUGCAUGAGUCUGUGCGGGACUUUUUAAUGGCUAGUGUGAUUGAAAUGACUCCUCUUAAAUCUAAUCAUGAAAUUUCAUGCCGCUGUAUUGAGGUCUUAUCACAGCAAUGCAGGCCAGGUUUGAAUGGAUCAUCCUGGGAACGCAAUCGUGGAUUUCUUGCUUAUGCGAUUCUCUAUUGGCCACAACACGCAAGCUUGGCUCAAACGGAAUUUUCUGUCCAGAAAGAGCAUGAGACAUUUUUCCACGACGCUCUUGGAACAUGGAAUUGCUGGCUCGAUUAUUAUGAAGAAUUAAGGGAAAGAUCCUGGAGCAGUAUAGGGACGAAUCUAUCCGCAAUACAUGUCGCAGCUCGGUGGGGAAUCAUGCCACUGAUCUUAAGCUUCCUCGAAAGAAUAGAGGAUAAGGGCAUCCAAGGAAAAUCCCCGCUGCUUAUUGCGGCUGAGAGUAAUCAAAUAGAUGCCAUCCGUCUCUUGGUAGAUUCCGGCGCGUGCUUGGACUCCUUGAGCGACGAGCAUCAGAAUGUCCUUCAUGUUGCUUGCAAGAAUGGUCACUUCGAUGACCACGCAAUGAUUGAGUAUUUACUCAUCAACGGAGCCUCCCAAUAUACCUGUGAUGAAUACAACAUGAUACCCGUCCUCUAUGCAAUUGGUGACGAACGUGAGGAUCUUGUUCGAACUUUUCUUCGAAAUGGAUUUGACCUAGACUAUGGGGUUCAAAGGCGGUCGUGGCCCGGUCGAUCAACGGAAAACAAUUUUAUAUUCAGAAUGAAUGAGUGUCAGGGAGAUUUAGAUAGUGGACUAACAGUGCUCCACUUCUGUGCCCUGAAUGCAUGUCCCAGAAUGAGCGCGCUCUUACUUGAGUAUGGGGCCGAUCCGAAUGCUCGAUCUAAUUUUGGCGAUACUGCACUACAUCUGGGGAUAAGGCGCCGGCUUCUCGGCCGUCGAAUUGACGAUGAAUGGGGAAAUGGACAGUACGCUAUUGAGUCAUUGCGUGAUUUGAUUACGGAUCAUGAAGGCUCAGAAGCCUCUGAUAUCUACCGAGCCAUCGACGAUGCCAGGAUACGCCUGAUAGAGACGCUCCUCGAGAGUGAAUCCAUCGAUGUUAAUAUGACUAACAAUGAAGGGGAUUACCCUCAGCAUGUGAUCGAUUUCAGUCGAUCUAAUGCGCUGUGUAUCCUAGAUAAACUAGUGGAAAAAGGCGCAGACGCAUCUCAACGGAACCGGGCUCGCCAGACGUGCUUCCAUCUCGCUAAUAAAGCAAGGAACCUAGAGGUGAUCGCCAAAUUCGUGGAAGAUGGUCAUGAUAUCAAGCUGCGAGAUGCCGACGGGUUGAGCCCGUUUCACCACGCACUUUUGAACUGUAAUGCAGAUGUCCUGCAGCUCUUUUCAAGUGCUCGCAGUUACGAGCUUUCGGAGGUUUGGUAUUCUCUCGAUCACCUCGACAAAAGUCCGCUACAUCACCAUGUAUCAUCUGUAUUUUGCUCAGUUGAGGUGAUUUGCCUCUUGCUCAGGCUUGGUUGCGACAUCAAUCAAACUGACACAGAGGGGAACUCGCCCCUAGGCCUUUACUUGGAUUCGUUUCAACUGUCAAUUCAAAAAGAUGUAUUCUGGCUGCUUUCUCAAAAAGGCGCCGAUCUUCUCUGGCUCAAUAAAAGUGGACAAAACUUGGCGCAUCUUCUCAUGCACCACCAGGGAAUAGAUACCGCGAUCAUUGAGUUCUUGUUCGAGACGGGUGUGGAUCCAGCGGCUCAGGAUCAUGAAGGGAAAACAUUCAUACACCAUGGAGCGAUUCACGGUGCAUUUACGAAGAACCUCUUAGAUUUCCUUGAUCAUAAAGGUUUAUUGAACCUGUCUACUCCAGACUUAGCCUCCAAAACCCCCCUCGACUACGCCAAAGAAGAGGUGCAGAGGGAAUCACUAGAAGAUCUCCCCUGGUGUGGAAGAUGGGAGGAAUCCUUCAAUAAUUUAACCGCAAAAGCUUUGUCGUGGUAUGAAAUUUUUAGCUACAACCAUGAUAUGAGCUGA